GCAUCGCGAACGAGCUUCCGUAGCUCCGCCUCGCGCGUUCCUUUCCAUCCGCGUGCCUGUGGGGUUACCAGUGUGUCUACGCUGAAGGGUUCCAACGGGGAAGAGAAAUGCCAUCAAAAAUCAUGUUUGAAGACAACAACACAGCCAUGGAUGAAGACAUAGGCAUCGCCGUGGACACCGGACCUCUGAAGCUCAAGACCAAGGAGGGCAAGAAGCUGAAGAAGAAGAAGCAGUUGGAGGAGCAGGAGGCUGCAGAAUGUGAGGAUGCAGACUGUGAACCUCCAGCACCAAAGAAGAAAAAGAAGAAAGACAAGCUGGCAGCGGCCCAAAUGAAUGGCCACAUACAGGAAGCCACAGACACGAAUGGGAAUGUUAAUGAUGCUGAAACACCAAAACAGAAGACUAAGAAGAAUAAAGGAGGAGACACGGAGAAAGAAAUCACACAAAAGGAAGCAAUCAUCAUAGGAGAUUCCACCCCAAAGACCUCUGCCCAGACACCGUCCCAGUCAAGCGAGGAGUCUCUAAGUGACAGUGAAAAAGAAACGGAAGAGACACCCGAGCAGAAGGAAGGAGCCUUCUCCAAUUUCAGGAUUUCCCCAGUGACCAUCAGCAAACUUAAAGACCGGGGAGUCACCUACCUGUUUGACAUUCAGGUGAAGACAUUUAAUUCUGUAUAUGAUGGGGAGGAUGUAAUCGCCCAAGCCCGAACAGGAACUGGAAAGACAUUCUCCUUUGCUAUUCCCUUGCUGGAGAAACUGCAGGAAGACUCAACACCGUUGCACAGAGGCCGGCCUCCAAGGGUCCUAGUGUUGACUCCAACAAGAGAGUUGGCUAUCCAGGUUGCUAAGGACUUUAAGGACAUCUCUAAAAGAGUGAAUAUCGCUUGUUUCUAUGGAGGCAGCUCAUACAACCCACAGAUCGAUGCCAUCUGUAAUGGUAUUGACAUUCUGGUUGGAACUCCGGGUCGCAUCAAAGACCACAUUCAGAACCAUAAACUUGACCUUACUAAGCUGAAACAUGUGGUUCUGGAUGAAGUUGACCAGAUGCUGGACAUGGGUUUUGCAGAUCAAGUGGAAGAAAUUUUGGCUUCAUCAUACAACAGAGAGACUGAAGUCAACCCCCAGACGCUGCUGUUUUCUGCCACUUGUCCAGCAUGGGUGUAUGCAGUGGCCAAGAAAUACAUGAGACCAGAAUGCAAACAUGUUGACCUGAUUGGCAAGAAAACACAGCGAGCCGCAACCACAGUUGAACAUCUGGCCAUAGAGUGUCACUGGUCACAGCGUACAGCUGUGUUGGGUGAUGUAAUCCAGGUUUACAGUGGAAGCCAUGGACGAACCAUUGUGUUCUGUGAGACAAAGAAAGAGGCCCAUGAGCUUUCCUUGAAUACAUCCAUUAAACAGAACGCUCAGUCUCUCCAUGGAGACAUCCCUCAGAAACAGAGAGAGACGACACUGAAGGGAUUCAGGAACGGCACCUUUGAGGUUCUGGUCGCCACUAACGUUGCAGCCCGUGGCUUAGACAUCCCGGAAGUUGACCUGGUGAUCCAGUGUUCUCCACCCAAGGACGUUGAGUCAUACAUCCAUCGUUCUGGACGUACGGGCCGAGCAGGCAGGACUGGAGUCUGCAUCUGUUUUUACCAGAGAAAAGAAGAGGAUCAGCUGCGCUACGUGGAAAACAAAGCAGGAAUUACAUUCAGACGAGUUGGUGUUCCUACUUCAAAUGAUAUCAUUAAGUCGUCGAGCAAGGAUGCUGAAAGGUUCCUGGAUUCUGUUCCUGUCACAGCUAUUGGGUACUUUAGAGAAUCAGCCGAGAAGCUGAUCAAGGAGAAAGGAGCAGUUGAAGCACUUGCUGCUGCUCUGGCCCAUAUUUCUGGAGCCAAAAGUCUAGAGCAGAGGUCACUGAUAAACUCAAAUGCUGGCUACACAACAAUGCAGCUGGACUGUUCUCUGGAGAUGCAUACAUUGAGCUAUGCUUGGAAAACCAUCAAAGAACAAAUCGGAGAACAUAUGGAGAACCACAUUACAGGAAUGACCUUCCUUAAAGGCAAAAAGGGAGUUUGCUUUGAUGUCCCAGUUGACAAAGUCAAGGAGAUUCAGGAAAACUGGAAAGACGGUCGCCGUUGGCAACUGAGUGUGGCCACAGUACGUCCAGAGCUGGAGGACAGGCAGGUCGCUAACCAUGGCAACAGGAGCUUUGGCAGCGGGAACCGCGGCAACAGAGACAGAGGGUUCAGAGGUGGAAGGGGACGGGGUUUCAGGGGAGGCCGUGGCAACGGGUUCCGGGACGGCAACAACAGAGGAGGACAAAAACGCAGCUUCAGUCAAGCUUUUGAUUACUGAAGCGUCAGCGUGGACUCGAGAGAUCGACUGUCGCUCAUGAGGGCUGGCAUCGAUUUUAUUAGCUGUCACUGAGAGGGCUCCAUUUAUGGUUGGUCAAUAUUGUAUGACGUCGUGUGCCGUGUUAAUACACGACACAAAUAUUUUGGAUCAUCUUUGAUGAAGUAAACAAAACAUACUAUGUAAAAGUAUGAAUUAUAAUAUUUUCAAGUAGUAGUUUCAGCCUAUAAACACAGCACCCCUGGCAGCCAUUUGUUAUGCCUGAUGUGUUUUUGAAAGUGACACAAGCUAAAAUUCAUUAAAUCACAUAUUUCAAAAAGCAUUUUCACUACAAUCAGAAUGCUUUUCUUCCCCAUCAUUUAGCUCUGACCGUUUCACCUUUCACCUGCAUCUUAUGUUGACAUGAAACGCAGGUUUGAAGUGUUGGUAGGAAAAAAAAGUGUGUCUUUGGGGAAAUAUGGCCGAAAUCUGACUUGAGACUUUGACAUUCCGCCAGGCCACCAACUUUAACUGCAGAUUUCACAAGGUUCUGGAUCAUGUAGGAAGCUGUUUCUGCUCUGCAUCCACAGACCACUGAUGUGAUGGAUGUCUACAAUGGUGCCUAGUGUCUGGUCGCUGCUUUACCCUCAGCUAAAACCUCCCUCUCCAAAAUAUAUUGGAUGAUUACUUUGCAAUUGCCUCUUAUUUAAUGACUCUGUCUACAUCUUGCAUUCAUUUAAAUGAAUUGAUCAUUAAAGGUCAACUCUGG